GGGAAAGGAAGAAAAGCCAGAGGAGCUGGCUGCCUGGGCUGACUUGGCCAGCCAGCCUGCCGCAUAGAUUGCAGGAAGUUCUGCUCAGGCACGUGGCCUGCAACAACUCUUUGGGAAACCUGUGGUGGGAACGGGAGGCUCUAGAGGACGCAUUGUUGCUGUGAGGGGGGCCCGAGGAUGAGGCUGCUCAUGUGGCUGAUUUUCCUGGCCCUCUGGGGAGUCGCCAGUGCUGAACCAGCAAUCACAUCUCCUGAGGAGAGGAUCUGAUCCCAAUUCCCCAUGUGAUCUCAGGGAAGUUCUGGCACAUCUCUGACCUGCACCUGGACCCCAACUACACAGUAUCCCAAGACCCCCAUAAGGUGUGCCCCUCAGCUGGCGACCAGCUAGUGUACAACGCGGGCCCCUGGGGUGACUACCUCUGUGACUCUCCGUGGGCCCUCAUCAACUCUUCCAUCUAUGCCAUGAAGGAGAUCGAGCCGAAGCCAGACUUCAUUCUCUGGACGGGUGACGAUACGCCACAUGUGCCCAACGAGAACCUGGGAGAGGCGGCAGUGCUGGAAAUUGUGGGACGUCUGACCAGCCUCAUCAGGGAGGUCUUUCCAGAUACUAAAGUCUAUGCUGCUAUGGGAAAUCAUGACUUUCACCCUAAAAGCCAGUUCCCAGCAAAGAGCAACAAUAUCUACCAUCAGGUAGCAGAACUGUGGAGACCCUGGCUUAAUAAUGAAUCUGUCGCUCUCUUCAAAGAAGGUGCCUUCUACUCGGAGUCGUUGCUAGAUCCCAGCAGCCCGGGCCGAGUGGUGGUCCUCAAUACCAAUCUGUACUACAGCAACAAUCGGCUCACGGCGGACCUGCCUGACCCCAGCCAGCAGUUCCAGUGGCUGGACGGGGUGCUGACCAACGCAUCCCAAGCUGGGGAGAUGGUCUACAUCAUUGGCCAUGUGCCCCCGGGGUUCUUCGAGAAGACACGGAACAAGGCGUGGUUCCGGGAGGGCUUCAACAAGGAGUACUUGAAGCUGGUCCAGAAGCACCACAAAGUCAUAGUGGGGCAGUUCUUUGGGCACCAACACACUGACAGCUUUCGGAUGUUCUACAGUGAUGCAGGUGAACCUAUAAGCGUCAUGUUCCUUGCCCCUGGAGUGACCCCGUGGAAAACCACGUUGGUUGGAGUGGUCAAUGGGUCCAACAAUCCAGGUAUCCGGCUGUUUGAGUAUGACCGAGCCACACUGAGCCUGCAGGAUAUGAGGACCUACUUCAUGGACCUGCGCCAGGCGAAUGUGCAAAACAACCCUCGCUGGGAGCUCGAGUACCGGGUGACUGAGGCCUAUGGGGUGCCGAAUGCAAGUGUCCAUUCCAUGCAAGCGGCAGCGACUGGCAUUGCCAAUGACCAGGACAAGCUGCAGCGCUACUAUGUUUACAACUCUGUGAGCUACAACACUGCAGCCUGUGGCGAGACCUGCCGUAUGGAGUUCUUGUGUGCCAUGCAGGAAGUGGACUUCAAUGCUUACUAUACCUGCCUGAGCAACGCCGGUGCCAGGUCAGGGCUAGGAGCCUUGCUGGUCCUACUGGGCAUGCUGCUAAGCCUGCAUGUUCUGCUCAAACCCUAACUUUGGGCACCGUCCUCCCCCUGUGGGGCUCAUCUUCCUUCUGGGAAAACUGGGCAGUGUCACCCCAUCAAGAGCUGAUUUUGCCACCAUUUUCCUGUGCUGAGGAGAGUAAACUUGGAUGGGACAAGCAGGUUCAGGAAACGAAGCCCCAAAGACCCCUCCGGAAGCACAUUUCUCUCAAGUUGCAGGUUUUAUCUGCAAAAAUAAUGUGCAUGGUGCAUCUUAUUCUGUGCAUUAUUCCUUUUAAUAUACAAAUGUUUAAAUCAG